AUGCGAUUCGCCACCGUUCUCGCAGCCACCUCUGCCAUUGCUCUGGGCAACGCCGCCCCCGUCGUCCACACCGAGGGGGCCGUCCCCGAUGUCCCUCAUCGGGAUACGACCGACUACUAUAAAGUAGUUGCUCCAUUGCGCACUGGAGCGGCCAAGAGCCAGUUUCGGAAGACUUAUACCCUCGGUCCUCAGGCCGCCCAGGGGAUUACGGUUCAGCAGGCCAAGCGUCAGCUCAUCUUGGAAGACCCGAUGCUAAACAAGACGGUGCCAGUGCGCCCUGAACUUCGAAAGCCACGUGUUGACACGUACCAUUUCUGCACCGUCGUGUGUCGACUGUGGCCGUGCUCCAAUCUGUGCGAAGCCUUCAGGGACGCCGAGAAGAAGCCUUCACCCACCAGGGGACAUUGGUGCAAGGAGACUGGGAAGCCUUCCGUUACCCAGGCACAUGAGCCCAAGGAAACGGGAAAGCCUUCAUCUACUGAGGGACAUGGACCCAAGGAGACUGGGAAGCCUUCAACUACCAAGGCACAUGGAUCCAAGGAAACUGGGAAGCCACAGCUGUAG